GACAGAUAAAAAGAAAAUGGAAGCACUUGUGAGAGAUGGUGCCGAAGAUUUGCGACACUUAAUUGAUCAAACAAUUAAUGAUGAGCAACAAAAUAAUGUGCGAACAACAAAGGAGAAUGCUGAUGCAUUAUUUGAUACAUUGGUAGAUAGAAAAAAAAAACAAAUAAAGGCUAAAUUUAUACCAAAAGAACGUUUAGAACAAUCAAUGAAAUAUGUUUAUGGAAAUUAUAAUAUAUUUGAAAAAGAUUGUUUACCACAACCCGCUGUUGUUCUGAAAUAUUUAUCAAUACUUGAAAAGCAAAUUAAUAGUUCAAAGACAAAUAAAACAAUUUAUGAUGAGUUAAAAAAUCGAUUUACGGUGGAUACGUAUCCCGAUUGUCCAAUUGUUUCCCAACCACUUGAUGAUAAAUCAUCAGUUGUUUAUACAAUUCAAACAGCACAAAGUGCUGUUUAUUUGCAGAAAACAAGAUUAGAAAAUGAAUUUAAUAAUGUGAGAAGAUCAACAGCUCAAUCAGGAAGAAACAUAAUGUCAAGAAAUAACAAUAAUACACCUGAAACAAUCUCGUGGCAUUUUCGUGAUCACAUAAGAAAAAUAUUAAUGGAAAAUACAUCUAGUCAUACGGAAACAGAUUUAUUACCAAUGCCAAUAUUUUUCACGACAAUAGUUAACUACAUUGUUAAUGUAAUGACAAUCGAUGAUCAACAUUGUCGUCCAGUAGAAGUUGAUGUAAUACAGAAAAUUGUUGGUAUCAUUAAUAACAUGAUAAAAGAUAUUAAUUUAGAAUUACAACCAUUCAACGUAGAAUUGUCAAGGCAAAUAAAGUCUUUAUUUCAUACAUUUACUGUUUUAUUAUUAAUUAAAUUUUAUUAUGAUGAGCAAUGUGAUCAUUUUAAACGCUUAUUAGAAACGGUCAAUGAUAAAGAACAAGGUUUGCGUGAUUAUUUUAUAAAAAUGGUUGUUCGUAAUACGUCGUUGGAUGAUGAAUUUGCUGGUAAUAUAUUGAAACAAAUAAAGGAUACGGCUGUUGUAUUAUUAGAUAAACAAAUGGGUAUUGUAAUGGAUGAAAUUAUUGCAAGACAAAAGAAUUUAAGUCGAAAAUCGAUACAAGAAAUAUGUGAUAAUAAGUUGGCAACAGCCAUCGAUAAUGAUUGGUUAUUACGUUACAUUCAACAACCGACUGAUGUUAUUGAAGAAUGUUUUAAUCAAAUGUGGAAACAAGUUCAAACAACAAUCACACAACAAAUUGAUUUGAUGAAACAAGAUAAUCAAGUUACAGUUGUUGAAUGUUUUGAUCGUUUACAGCACAUUNGUUAUAAAUUAAAAGAAAACGGAUGUAACAUGUUUAAACAAUUACCGAAAUGUGGUUCAAAAUUAAUUGAAUUGAUCGUUGAAAUGAAGGACACAUUUGAACAAUGUUCAAUCGCAAAUUUAUCAAUAUUUCUUACUAAUAUUCUGUCGAAACGAGAUCAAAUAAUACAAGAAUUUAUGACAACACCUACCGAUGAAAUACAAAAGAAAGAAAAUGCUAUUUAUACAAGAUUAUUGGAUAAAGCUCGAGGAUGUCCACAAACAUGUCCAUGUUGUACAAGACCGUGUGAUGCUGAUCAUACAGCAAUAAAAUCGAAAGCUGGCUCAGAGGACAAUAAACAUUCAUGUAGAAGUGGACAUCAGUUUCGUGGAUUUAAUGGUUAUCGUUUUGAGAUCACUAAUGAACCAUCGUUACUUACAUGUGAAGAUAUGCAAGAUGAUAUGUGGAUUAUUGUCCAUGGCACAAGGAAACGAUGGCGUAUGUUUAUGAAAGAUCAUCCUGAUUGGGAUUUUGUUACUAUUGAUUUAACCAAAGCAGAAUUAGAUAAUUUAAGGGGUAAAUAUGCUAUGGUAUGGCAAACAAUCGGCAGAGAAAUCUGUAAACAAUAUCAAAUGGAUUAUGUAAUGAAUAACAAAGCAGUCCAACGACAUGAACCUGUUCAUUAUAUUCUCCUACUCGAUAGUUCUGGAUCAAUGAUAGAUGAACCAUGGAAAAACUUGAUAUUAGCCGUUUCCGAAUUCAUACGACUUCGAUUGGAAGCAAACAUGGGAGAUCGUCUAACAAUUAUUCGCUUUUCAACAAAGGCCUCUUAUUCAUACGAAAAUGAAGAAUUACAGAAUAUUGAUGUUAAUACAUUAACAUUUGUUAAUGGAAACACAAGUUUUCGCAGAGCAUUUCGCCUGGUAAACGAAACAAUUGACAAAUUAAAAAGAGAUCAGACAUUUAAUCAUUUAAGACAUGUAAUCAUAUUUAUGACCGAUGGAGCAGGCAAAUAUCCGACACACGAAUUAGAAACAUUGAGAACUAAACAUGGUGAGCAAAUAGAGAAAUUUUGGAUAGUAUCGUUAGGUGAAAUAAACAGGCCAAUUCUCGAUCAAAUAAACACAAAAAUGGAUGGUGAAUUUAAAGAUAUUAAAGAAUCGUGUGAUCUAAUAAAAGCGUAUGCUGAAAUAGCACGAACAUGA